AUGGGGCCCCUUUACUCUCCUGGCCCGGGACUGAAGUACCCCUCUGACGGUGGCCCGGAGUCUGACUAUCCCCUGCACAUCAAGAGCCUCACCAACCCUGCACACAAACAUGACCCCCCUACUCUGCUGUAUUGGUCGCAAGGCCGCACUAUGCAGGGUGCCCAGGCUGCAGGGAGCCCAGGGGGCCCAGGCUGCAAAGGGCCCAGGCCGCAGGGGGCCCAGGGAGACCAGGCAUCAGGGGGCCCAGGGAGACCAGGCAUCAGGGGGCCCAGGGAGACCAGGCUGCAGGGGGGCCAUGCCGCAGGGAGCCCAGGCUGCAGGGGGCCCAUGCCACAGGGAGCCCAUGCCGCAGGAGGGACAGGGAGACCAUGCCGCAGGGGGCCCAUGCCGCAGGGAGACCAUGCCGCAGGGAGACCAAGCCGCAGGGGGCCCAAUGCCGCAGGGGGCCCAGGGAGACCAGGCCGCAGGGGGCCCAUGCUGCAGGGGGCCCAGGGAGACCAGGCCACAGGGGGCCCAUGCCGCAGGGGGCCCAGGGAGACCAGGCCCAGGGAGACCAGGCCGCAGGGGGCCCAGGUAGACCAGGCCGCAGGGGGCCAAGGGAGACCAGGCCGCAGGGGGCCAAGGGAGACCAGGCCGCAGGGGGACCAGGCCGCAGGGGGACCAGGGAGACCAGGCUGCAGGGGGGCCAUGCCGCAGGGAGCCCAGGCUGCAGGGGGCCCAUGCCACAGGGAGCCCAUGCCGCAGGAGGGACAGGGAGACCAGGCCGCAGGGAGCCCAGGCCGCAGGGGGGCCAUGCCGCAGGGGGACCAAUGCCGCAGGGGGCCCAGGGAGACCAGGCCGCAGGGGGCCCAUGCCGCAGGGAGCCCAGGCCGCAGGGGGGCCAGGCCGCAUGGGGGCCAUGCCGCAGGGGGACCAAUGCCGCAGGGGGCCCAGGGAGACCAGGCCGCAGGGGGCCCAGGGAGACCAGGCCGCAGGGGGCACAGGGAGACCAGGCCGCAGGGGGCACAGGGAGACCAGGCCGCAGGGGGCACAGGGAGACCAGGCCGCAGGGGGCACAGGCCGCAGGGGUUUUCUAGCAGGAGGAAGAGUGCUUCCAUCCUCACGUGA